AAAACUACAAUUCAAAAACAGUCAAAGACACUAGUACAAAAUAAUACUAUCAUACAUAAACAAACUAACAAAACAUUUUUCAAAAAAUGUCUUUUCAUUUGGCGGUAUCCUUGGAAAAGCCAGUACAGCAUUUGGCAUUAAGUGACUGGCAGGCCCGAGUGGAUCGACUUCGAAAUGUGGCCAAUGCCCGUCGAGCUGAUGCAUUCACCAUGCGCAACACAUCUCGCAUGCUUCGCAAUGAAUCCCAAAUCGAGGGCGACUGGGCAAAUUAUCUAUCUAACGAGUCGCUGUCUAAUCGUAUUGCUGAACUGGAUAAAUGGCGUGAUCUAAUCGCCAAGGCAUUUGGGCGCCUUGAGUUGGAGAUUGAGGCAUUACGAGAGGAAAAGAAAGCUGCAGAGAGUGAGCUGGACUCCCAAAUACGUCCUUUGUCUGUAAUUAGCAAAGUUAUGUCUAUACGCGAUGGACGUGUAAUCCCAGAGAUAACUCAUGAUUCUCCGGAGACAGAAACGAAAAAUGAACUCUUCAUAUUGGAGAAUAAUCAGCGAUUGCUAGUCGAUCUUUGUCAAAAGGCAUGGGAGAAGUUGGUACGCCUUGAAGAGGUGCGCUUUAAGAUUAACCGAGAGCUUAAAGACAAACAGGAUACGGAGGAUACCGAAAGCGCAUUACUAGCAAUGAAUCGCAAUUCAACCAAUAUAUCCUACAAGCCAGAUCCGUUGCGUAAUCCCAGAGAGUGUUGUUCAUACGAGCAUUGGCUGGAGCAUGCGAAGAAUAUAAAGCAACUGGCCGAAAAUGAAUUGGCUGAGACAUCCGCUAUAAGGAAUGCAAUGAUUGUUUGUCGUCAGAAGUCACGUGAUCUAUUGGAAGCUCAACGUGCACGCACUGAAUAUACCUUUCGAAAGCGUAUUUUUUUGACGCAGCAGGCCAAGAAUGAGUUGGAAUGGCAACAACUUAAGUUGAGGGAGGAAAUUAAGAAUCUCACGUGCGAGAUUCAGUCGCUUGAAGACGCUUUACAGAGCAAGACUGGUUUGCUCAAGUUAGCGGAGACUCGUCUUGAGACGCGAGCAAUGCGUUGCGUUACUGAGUUGUGCUUGGAUGAACCACAUCAUUUGCUAUGCAAUGAGGUGGAGAAAUUACGUGAAAUUCAACGAUGUCUUAUGAACAAAAUUGAUGAUGCGAAGGCCAACUUGAAUCUUCUUUCGGAUCAUGCGAAAAAGGUUGACGACGACUUGGAGAAUAAGAAGCAAUCGCUCCAGACAGACUCUGAAGCUCUUCAGCUCCAUGAAACACUUAAUGAAGAAGAAUUCGCUGUUCUGAAGGAUCACAAUCCCUGUGAACAGACCGACCGUAAUGUAGAGCUAACACGUGUAGUUUUGGAUCCCCGCAAGUGAUUCGUUUCAUUGGAUGGAGAGUAAAAUAUGAAUGAAAGCGCUGCAGAUUUUAACAAAAGCAUUUUCACUUCAGUUUCUCACCAUAUUCACACUAAUAUUAUAUAUAGUAUUCUACAUAGAGAAAUAUAGCAUCUUUAAAAAUCA